AUGAUGCCAGUUACAGUUCAACAGUCGAUUUAUAAACUAGGAGACCCGAAUCAAUCCGCCACACCACCUCUGAUUUUCCGAGACAAUUAUGUACUUUCCUUCGAUGAACGAAUGCGCAAUCCAAAAUGGGUUUAUGAAAAAAUCACCAAGGACGAUCUUGAAGGCGACGCGGAUCGAAAAGACUGCGAUUUCAAGUCUGAUAAAGAAGUCCAUCGAUACUUUCGCGCGGAAAACUUGGACUAUCGAGGCUCUGGAUUUGACAGAGGACAUCUUGCCGCAGCAGCGAAUCAUCGAAAAAGCCCAAAUGUGCUUCAGGAAACAUUUUUACUUUCAAAUAUUUGUCCACAGCAUCCAGGACUCAACAGAAAGCUCUGGAAAUCCCUAGAAAUUUAUACUCGUUCUCUUGCUAAGCACUAUGACUGCGUCCAUGUCUUUUCUGGGCCCCUGUAUCUCCCUAAAGAAAAGGAAGGUAAACUGAUCGUCGAGUACCAGCUGAUCGGGACGAAUCAAGUGGCUGUUCCGACGCAUUUCUUCAAAAUCCUUCUUUUGGAGAAUGAAAAAGAGUUUCAAAUAAAAUCGUAUGUGAUGCCGAACGAAGAAACAAACUCAGAAGACGACCUGAAAGAAUCAAUGGUCCCAUUAGAAGCGAUAGAAAGAGCCAGUGGCCUUGUUUUCAUGGAUCGAUUGCAGAAUCAAAAAUAUGGAAAGCCCAUCACGAGGAUGAAUUCUGAGAUCGCCAAGAAAUCUGGCUUAUUUAGAUAA